AGGUUAACGCGGAAGUGAAGAAAAGCAGCAGCUUCGUCCGUGAAAAAGUUCAUAAAAACGUUUUAAAAAAACACGAGUUUGAGUGAAAAACAGAGAAAACAGUGUGACGAUGAAGAAUCUGUGCGACGGACUCUCUCGCUGUAAAAUUGCUCUGGCCUUCGCCGUGCUGAUGGAUUUGCUGGGUGGCGCCGCCCUGCUGUUGGGAGUCUUCGCUCACCUGGAAGUCAAAGGACGCGACUUUGGUGACUUACUGGUCUACACUGGAGCUCUGUUUGUCCUCAUGUCCCUCGGAGGUUGGGUCCUGUGGUACAGCGGGAACAUCGAGGGCCUGACGUCAAAGAAGGAGCUCGGACACAUCGGCAGCGCCGUCGACCGACUCGCUCGCAACCUGAGCCGCAAGAUCCGCACCUACAGGGGGCGCCUUUGAAGCCCUGGACGUGAACACAUGAAUACAUUUCAUCCUGAGAGUCACGUGUGUGUGUGUGUUCGUCAGUGUUAGUUUGAGGAGUAAAGUGUUUGUUUUUUACUUAAUAUUCAGUGUUAGAAACAUUUCAACUGUUACAAAAAACUGCUUUUUUAAAAAGUCAUAUUUUAAAUAAAUUUUUAAGUAAAAGCCUUUAAUAAACUGUUUACAUGUUUGUUAUCUCUUUGUUUUUAUUUGAUUUGAUUUUAUAGCCCAUCACAUUUAAAAACAUUUAAAAGUAACUCAGUGACGUCAUUCUGGUGAAUUUAUUUCAUCAACAACUCAAGUCCUUGGGAUAUACUUUCAAGUGCCACAAGGGGGCGCCUCUACUUUUCCAGUCAGGAUUUACAGGAGAAGCAGGAGGAGUUUGUUUUUUAAAGAUUCAUGUUUUUAACUUUACA